GUUGGGGGGGGCGGCGCGGGGCGGCCGCGGGGCUCCCGGCGCGGCGCCGUUAGCGCGGAGGGUGGGGGCCUGCGCGAAGGGUCCGUGCGGGCGCUGCCCACGCCGGCCCACUCGGGCCGUUGGCCGCCCCGGCUGCGGAGCGCUGCGCUCCGCGGUCGCUGGAGCAGGGUGGAAGCCCGGAGACCUCGGAAUGGCCGCGGCGGUGCCUCAGAUGUGAUAUAGGGACCGGACGGGGACGGUGGUGUGUGUUGCACAUUGCUGAUCGCUGCGUAGUGAGAGCCUUGGGAAUCCAGCAGUCUCAACUGCUGCUGGACUAACCUGUGCUUGCAUCAGGAGCCAUGUGGUCAGCUGAUGAAAUUGCUGAACUGUGUUACCUGCAUUAUAGAACCAGACUCCCUAAGCAGGGGAAACCAGAUCCAAACAGGGAAUGGACUGCACUGGCAGCUGUUGUCAAAGUGGAGUCUGCAACCCAAAGAGAGGUUCUUGCUAGUCCAGGGAAUCUGCAGGUAACAAAAGAAGUUGUGGCUAUGGGAACUGGAACAAAAUGCAUUGGCCAAAACAAAAUGAGAAAAACUGGAGACAUUCUGAAUGACAGUCAUGCUGAAAUUGUGGCCAAGAGGAGCUUCCAAAGGUAUCUUCUCCAUCAGAUGUGGCUGGCAGCUUCCCAUCAGCAAUGCAGUAUUUUUAUUCCAGGAACUGAAACUGGGAAAUGGAAGCUCAAACCAAAUAUCAUAUUCGUUUUCUUCUCCAGUCAUACCCCAUGUGGAGAUGCUUCUAUUAUUCCAAUUGGUGAACCAGAGAACCAGCUUUCUAAGCCAGUGACUGGAGAUGAUGCAACUGGACAAUCAUCAGAGUGUAGAAGUAACCGUGAUCAUUUGAGUCCAGAAGAUAAAAGGAAAUUGGAGGCAACAGCAAAUAAUCAUAUAACCAAGAGAGUGAAAACUGACAAUGACGGUUAUUUUUCUGUAAUCGCUGAAGACCUGACUGUUCAGAAAGCAUCUGUGAGACGAGAAAGUGACACAAACCCAAAGAGCUGUGAAUGUUCUGCAGUGAUGCAAACAGCUAAUAAGGAGACUGGCUUAAGGGAACCGAAGGUAGUAGAUGUUUAUAGAACUGGAGCAAAAUGUGUACCUGGAGAGCUGGGUGAUGCCCAAAUACCUGGGCUAGGGUAUCACUGUGUGGGAUUAUUACGAGUGAAGCCAGGUCGUGGGGACAGAACGUGCUCUAUGUCCUGUAGUGAUAAACUGGCUCGCUGGAAUGUGUUAGGGUGUCAAGGAGCUCUUCUGAUGCAUUUUCUGCAGUAUCCAGUGUAUCUGUCAGCAAUUGUAGUGGGGAAGUGUCCAUAUAGCCAAGAAGCUAUGCGGAGAGCAAUUAUUGGAAGGAAAUUGAAUCGGUGGAGAGAAAGAGCAAGACAAACUGAGGAGAUGAACCACCCCUUUAAGAGGCAGUUACUACAUCAGUUCAUCUGCAAGGAGGUUAAGCUGCUGCAAUCAGAUCUUCGAUUUGAACACAGCCGCCAGGCAAUUCAGGAAGUUCAAACUAACAACAGAACAAAACUUGUUCCUUGUAGUGCAGCUAUCAGUUGGAGUGCAGUCCCUGAGCAACCUCUGGAUGUCACCUCAGAUGGCUUCCGUCAGGGAACAACAAAGAAAGGAAUUGGGAGCCGUCAGAGCAGAUCCAAGAUUUGCAAAGUGGAACUUUUCCACACAUUCCAAAAGCUAGUGACAAGUAUUUCACAAGAGGAUCUACCAGACACUCUCCGGAUGAAGACUCUAGAAACCUACUGGGACUACAAGGAAGCUGCAUUAAAUUAUCAAGAAGCCUGGAAAGUGCUGCGUACCCAAGCCCUGCCAGGUUGGGUCAAGAAUGCCAAGGAAUACCUGCACUUCACAUGAGAAUACAUGUGGCUGCAUAAAUCCAGCAAUAAGCCCUGGUGCACAGCAGAUACCUUUGCAGUUCAGGGACCAGGAAAAGUUGACCUCUAGUUGAUACGCUGUAAGGAGACAGGAGUGGAAAGGAAAGCAAUUUAGAAGAGUCUUUAUUUUGGAUGAGUUGAAGCCCCCUUUUCAGUGGAAUACAGAAAAGGAUCAUUGCUGACUUAAAGUUCUGAGCUGCAUGAAACAAAAGAAAGGAAGCAGUGAUGUGCUAUCUUCUGUUAUCUGAGGAUAUGAUCUAUCAGCAAAAAUAGUCCAUUGCAGUAGAAGUAACGUCAACUGAAAUGGAAGCAGUGCUAUGGAAGCAAGGCUGUCACUGUAAAAUUUUACCGCGGCUUUUUUUCUUCCGCUCUUCAUAAUGUUAUGGUUGUUUUUGUGUUGCUGGGACAACCCUGAUGUAUAGUAAGUAAUAUUUCUGUAACUCUUGGCUCUGCUUGUCUGGUGCCUGGAAGAAUUUUCCGUGCCCCAUUGCUUCUAACUGGAAAUACUAGUUCUGUUAAAGCAUCUUUUUUCUGGGAGUCCUUCACAUCAGCUACUAUUUACUAAAUAUAGCCAAAGCAGAAACAAAAGAGUGCUGGGGAGAAGGCUGUGUCAAAUAAUAUCCCUUACGAUAUUCUGUGCAUCGUUCUUAAUGUCAGGACUUUGCCAGAUACCUCUUCAACUGCUUUGCUUCUGUGGGCAGGGAAGAAACCUCCCAAAUUACCUAGUUCAAUCCUGUCAAUCCUGUGUAAUUCCAGGGAAACAUUUACCUUCUUUGCAGCGUUUCAAGCACCGUCCAUCUCCCUGCUGCCCCAUGAUAUAUGGUUAUUUAAAAGCAGCAAUGCCUUAGCCGUUUAUGUCACUGUUUCCUGGCAAGUGUUCAUUAGUAGCCUGGCAAAGGUGGAGAUGCUUUGGCAGGGACUGAAAGUGGUCUCUGGCAGUCUUUGCCUUUAUGCUCUAUUACCAAAUAACAUCUGCACGGGAAAACAGUCAACAUUGCAAGCUGCGGGGAAGCAGAGGGUAAUCCUCCUUAAACUUUCUGUCCCAAGUUACUGCCUUCUGUGAGCAAGUUCAGGACUAUAACUGCUACUGAGAACACUCUGCUUUUGUACUUUUUCCAUUGUAAACUACAAUUCAUAAAAUAUUUGGACAAGGCAAUGGCAGCGUGAAAGAAGUGGAUAAUUUAGAACGUAAGAAUACUUGAGUGAUUUAAGUUUUCUGUUCUUUGGUAUCUUACUAUAGUUUUGGAUUUGAAAAAUGGGCGCAGCAGUUCUCCAAACAGCCUUUACAGUCAACCUACUGAGCUACACAUGGGACUGAACAGUACCUACCACAUUACAGUCUGGGAAUCGAUUACAGCAAAUCCUUUUACUUCACACUUGGGUUGACUUGUCAAAUAAGAAUAGUUCUCUCUUAUUGUUGAAGAAAUAACAAAGAACUUGAGUUCUGUGUGUGUAUAAGCCUGUCUUCUCAAAUCCAGCAAUAACAUGCAGAAAGACCAGUUGUAUUGGUCAGGGGAGAGUCGUCGUAUGUGUUUCUAAAGGGCAGGAGAUUAUGGAGAAUGGUGACUUGCAUUAGUCAUCAGAGGAUGAGGAAUGGCCAGAUGCCGCUGUAGGUGGGCUAUAGGGUGAACUGCUGAAGAGAAAUGGUAGCAGUUACUGUAAUUGAGCAAAUAGCAUUCCAGGGGCAAAGUCCCGUAGUGUACCUAAAGAGAUAACCAGUAAAUUUCCUGGCUCCUGAAAUUUACCUUUGUCUUUCCCUGAAAUCUUGCAGAAACUAUACCUUAACAUACCUAGUUUCCCUUUGUUAAUAACAAGGUCUGUAGUGAACCUGCUGACCAGGCUGGAAUGUUCCCAUUUCCUAUCUAGCUGCAAUAUUAAAAUGGGUUACAUAAGGCUAGUUGUUCUGUAGUCUUGGCAUCGGACUAGUUUUCAGAUGUGCAGUUAUAGGAUGUAAAUUCUUUUAACUCUUUCCUAAAAUUUGAGCUUGCUAUUAGGAGAGAUUGUUCCUAGUAGGAUUGUCCUGUGCAUUUGUAAAAUACUUGUGAACUGUAGACUGCUGAUUUCUUCUACUUGUCAGGUUUAAAAGUAGUUUUAGAGGUGCUGCACGCUGAUUCUAACCUCACUGUUUGGAUGGAGUUGAGGACAUAUUUAAGCCAAAUGAGUCAGUGAAUACGUGAAGAGAGGGAAGGAGCUAAAACAAAGCAGAAUUUAAAAGGUUGAGGGGCUAAGCCUGCAGGAUCUUAUACUAAACUGGAAGGCAUUUCUGGGAUUGAAAAUAAGUAUUUAAACGCUGCUUCUGUUUAAUUCCAAAACGUCAGGAAAUGCUGUAAGCAGUAUCGAGAAAUCGCUCUAAAAUCACAAGGGAAAAAUGCAGAGAGAAGAGAGGACACAAUCUCCGCCUUUGGAAGAGGUAGCAAAUUCAACUUUUGUCAUUGUCAGCAGAUCUUCGGAAGAAAUGCUCCUCGAAGGUAGCCGUUGAUGUGCUCCAAGCUCUUAUCACUCCUUUGCACUGGAAUAGCUGACACACUGAAAAACAGAGAGGCAAGGUGUAGGGAGGACAGUAGAAUGCAAAGACUCUGCCACAGGGGAGCUGAGUUGAGGCGGGUGGGGUGAAGUAAGGGGGAUGAAGUGCCCACAAUUCAUGGUUAAUGAGGACAACCAAACGAUUGGUAAUGGGAGCAGCAGAGCAUAUCAGGGCACCGAGAUUCCGGAGGCAUGUGUAAAAUGCUCUGCAGAGCGUAUUUGUAUUGCCUAGAUAAGUCCUUGACUUUCCCAAACUAGUAAUGGGGACCAAUGGUCCCUCUUUGCCAGAGCAAAGAAACUGUAAUCCUUGUUUUGAGUGGGAUGUCUUUACCAGCUUCACUAUUGGAGAAAUCAUUCUGUUUUCAGUCACAGUAAGAAGGCCGGGCAGACUGCCUGCAUAUCUUUAAGGAACUCAAAAGCAGAGCAAGUGGUUUUAUCCAACUGUAGAAGUAAACAAUCUGAGCUGGAGCCUGCAGUUCAUGAGACAGCAUGGCAGAGUCCACUACCUUUACAGAAAGCAAGGUUUUCAUCUUUGUGAUGUGAUUCCGCUGCUCACCUUACACCAGCUGGAGCACUCACUGAUCUCAAGUACAUCUAGGGUAAAUUGAAGAUCAUUCAAAUUACUUUGUAGAAGAACAAACCAUGAGCCCAAAACAAGGUGUAGCUUUUCACUAGGAGUUAAAUCAGCUUUGCAGUAAGCACUAGAGGAGAGGAAUUGCUAGGGCUGCACCUAGAGGGCAGGAUGAGGCGUAGCCAGGCUUACUUUUGCUUGUUACAAACUAUGAGCUUGUUAUGAAAACACACCUGGAGAAAAUGCAUGAGGCAUGAGUACAGAAAUGAAGCAUGAGUUACUGCUGGGAAGCUACUGUUAGUAAGGAGGAAAUAAAGGUGGUGUAGUAAAAUUGGGAGCCAAAUGUAGUUGAGGGGCCUAGCAGAUCUUUCUCUCAAAGCAUAACCAUCCCAAGAAUCUGAUAAUGUCAUUGUAAUAGAGUUGCAGCAGUGGUUUACAGAUGUAAGAAAGAUGGUUCUUGAGGAAAGACAGUCUAAAUUCAUCUAGUGCUGGUUUAGUUAUAUCAGAAGUGGAAUUUCAAGUUAGCUUAAAGAUAGGUGAUGUAGAAGUGUUGCUGUAGAAACAGUGAGGUAUUUCUUUGUUUUCUCUUCAGUGUAUAAAUUGAAAUGCCUUUCCAGUCCUGAAGGGUUAACAGAAAGUGAAGAUCAUAUGGAACCCAAACGAUUUUAAUAAUUUUAAAAAAAGUGACUGUACUUUCUAAAAGGAUGCAUUUCUUCAAUGCAUUUAUAAAGGAAAUAUCUUGAUGUUUUAUUGACAUUUUAAGUGCAUCUGCAGAUGAAAAGUAAAGUUACUGCUGUAGAACAUUUAUCCUUGCAUUCUCUGUAACUACUUGUAUACCCGGUCUCCUAAAUCUAAGUAAUAAUUACAGAGACAUUCAAGAGAGUAGAUAUGUGGUGUUUUUAGAGGCUUAUGAAGGGUAUUGCAAAAGUCACCUUGAUGAUAGCAUUGGGAAUAAAACUACAUCUUCCCUUGUUUUGUUUGAAUAUAUCUCUGUGCUAGCAUGUAAUUAGCUUUAUCUAGCACUUGUAAGUUACACUUCUUACUCUGUCCUUAACAGCUAGCAAAAAAUACUACUUGAUAAACAUAGACAAACUGAAGUUUCAGCUUAAAGGAAACAGAAUAUUUUCCAGUAAUAAAAGAUAAUAAAAAAAAACCCCACAGAUGAAACCACUUUUCUUCAUUCUGAAACAAAAAUUCUGUUAAGAGUAAACAUUAAUACUAAAUGUGUGGAAAGAGAGCAUGUGGGAGAAAUUAGCGAUGAAUGUUUACUAAGGCAGUGCUGUACCUUGCAGUGCUAUUGUGAAUAAUGAAGGGCUUACUGCACAUUUUAAGAGACAGUAAGCACAUGCAGCACUGUUACUGUGACAAGCCUCAAUAAUAGAGUAGCGUCAACAUUUCAUAGGCUCCUACCUUCUCAUUUUGGAGUCCUCCUGUCAGUCCCUGUGCAUAACUGUAGAGCCAAACAUAAUUCUAGGCACAAGGUGGCUUCAUGGGACUUUGAGUUAGUAUGAAUUUGAUUUAAGCUUGGAAAGUGAUAAAUUUCCACUGUAAGCGGAACCGUUUUAGAAACUAAACUCUCCCACACCAUGUAGCGUGAAAACAAAAUAAAACUUUUAUUAGGAAUCUAAA